UCCUGCUGCCCUUGGCCGGGGCUAAGGCGCGCGGCUCAGCUUGAAGACUUGGGGUCGAUCAGGAUGGGGUCUGCACUCUGGGUUUCUCAGGGAGCCGCCGUGAAAAAGAAAGUUGUGCAAAGACCCUACGCGUGACUCGGAGCGCGUCUGGGGAAAAUGGAGUAGCGUUUGGGGAGCAGCUAACCAGACUACCUCUGUCUGUGGGAACGACGGAGGUGCAUGUCGAGGGUCUCUGGAGAGCUCCGUUGAGAGCAGCGGCGAAGACAUGAGGAACAUUCAGUCCGCUCUGCCCAAGGUUGGCAUCAGGGCUGGAGGCGACUUGCGACGUUGAGGGGUACAAGUGGGGCACCACCGCCGAAGGGCAGCGCCAUGGCCAGAGAGGAGUGCAAGGCGCUGCUGGACGCGCUCAAUAAGACCACAGCGUGCUACCAUCACUUAGUGCUUACUGUGGGCGGCUCCGCGGACACACAGGACCUACGCGAAGAACUGCAGAAGACCCGCCAGAAGGCGCGGGAGCUGGCCAUGGCCACCGGCGCCCGGUUGACCGUCGCACUCCGCGACCGGAGCUUAGCUACCGAGGAGCGCGCGGAGUUUGAGCGUCUCUGGGUGGCCUUUUCGGGCUGCCUGGACCUGCUCGAAGCCGACAUGCAGCGCGCACUGGCGCUGGGAGCCGCCUUCCCGCUGCACGCGCCGCGCCGGCCACUUGUUCGCACUGGGGUGGCCGGCGGCUCCUCUGCUGUAGCCGCGCGCGCCCUGAGCGCCCGCAGCCUGCGGCACGAAGCCGAGAGCGACUUCGACGUCGCCGAUCUGCCCCAGUUGGAGCGCGAAGUCCUCCAGGUGGGCGAGAUGAUCGACAACAUGGAAAUGAAAGUCAACGUGCCCCGCUGGACUGUACAGGCGCGACAAUCGGCGGGCGCCGAACUCCUGUCGGGUGCCAGUGCCGGCGCGUCCUCCGCGGGUGGCAUUUCUGUAGAGGAUCGCGCGGGACCCUGCGACCCCAGCAGGGCCCUGGCUGCCACCGUUUUCAGCGCCGUGCUGCUGGUGGCUGUGGCCCUCGCCUUAUGUGUGGCAAAGCUGAGCUGACAUAUCCAACGACCGUCCGCUGCCCCUUCUCUUUC